UCGAAGUAGUCUCGUGGCAGAUAUAUUCUAACGUCUGGAGAUAAACCGAAAAAAAUGGAUCCGAAGAAAACGUUAACCUGGUUUUUUGGCCUGCCAUCGGUGCGCUAUUCCCAGAUCGCUAUCGUUAUGGCGGGCGAUCUGCUGGCCCUAUCCAAUCUGUAUCCCAAGCACUCGAGGUACAUUUCGAGUCCUUUUCUGCUGUGGCAGGAUCUGCAAGAGGAGGAGAAAAGCCGCCCGAACUAAGACCAUCGCACCAGUUCUAAUACAUUUAUAUUUUUUUUAUCUGCGUGGGAGACGUUUUAUGGCCCCAAAGAUUUGACCCAACCAACCUUGAGUUUCAAUGCCAAUGCCAGGCCCAUGACGUCACUUGUAUCUGGAUGCUCGUUGCUGGUUAAAUAUACUUUAUAUUCUGCAGCUCAGGACCCGAGAGCCUCGUGAGCCUCUUCAAAUGCCCGGCCAAAUUAACUCGACUCCUCAUUAAAGUCCAAAAAUUCGAAAGUUUCGACCGCCGUCGUCUGGAAAUAAACGUCAAU